CCGGGUGUGGGCCCGGUCCCUGCGCCGCUCCCUCGGCUGGCGGACCCGCGCGGGCGCCGGCUCGGGCUGCGGGGAUGGCGGCGACUCCCCAGAGCCCCUUCCCCGCUGGGGGCGGCCUGGACUCCAGCCAGUUACACAUGGAACCCGACGAGCUGGACACUCUGAGGGAGGGCGAGGACCCAGCUGACCGGAUGCACCCCUUCCUGGCCGUCUACAACCUGCAGCCGCUGAAAAUGCACCCCUUGGUGUUCGCCCCUGGGGUCCCCGUCACAGCCCAGGUGGUGGGAACGGAGCGAUACACCAGUGGAUCCAAGGUGGGGACCUGCACACUGUAUUCUGUCCGCUUGACCCACGGCGCCUUUACCUGGACAACCAAGAAGAAGUUCCGUCAUUUCCAGGAGCUGCACCGGGACCUCCUCAGACACAAAGUCUUGAUGAGUCUGCUCCCUCUGGCUCGCUUCGCCGCCGCCUAUGCCCCCGCCGGGGAAGCCGCCGACCGCCACAUGCCCUCCCUGCCUCGCGCCGGCCCCGAGGGCUCCUCCAGACACGCGUCCAGCAAGCAGAAAUACCUGGAGAAUUACCUCAACCGCCUCCUGACCAUGUCUUUCUACCGAAACUACCACGCCAUGACGGAGUUCCUGGAAGUCAGCCAGCUGUCCUUUAUCCCAGACCUUGGCUCCAAAGGGCUGGAGGGCGUGAUCCGGAAGCGCUCGGGCGGCCACCGCGUUCCCGGCCUCACCUGCUGUGGCCGAGACCAAGUCUGUUACCGCUGGUCUAAGAGGUGGCUGGUGGUGAAGGACUCUUUCCUGCUCUACAUGUGCCUCGAGACGGGCGCCAUCUCCUUUGUUCAGCUCUUUGACCCUGGCUUCGAGGUGCAGGUGGGGAAACGGAGCACAGAGACGCGCUAUGGCGUCAGGAUCGACACCUCGCACAGGUCCCUGAUUCUCAAGUGCGGCAGCUACCGGCAGGCGCGGUGGUGGGGCCAGGAGAUCACCGAGCUGGCCCAGGGCCCGGGCAGGGACUUCAUCCAGCUUCACCGGCAUGACAGCUACGCCCCACCCCGGCCUGGGACCUUGGCCCGGUGGUUUGUGAAUGGGGCAGGCUACUUUGCUGCUGUGGCAGAUGCCAUCCUACGAGCUCAAGAGGAGAUUUUCAUCACGGACUGGUGGUUGAGUCCCGAGAUUCACCUGAAGCGUCCGGCCCAUUCAGAUGACUGGAGACUGGACGUUAUGCUGCAGAAGAAGGCGGAGGAGGGUGUCCGUGUGUCCGUCCUGCUGUUUAAGGAGGUGGAGUUGGCCUUGGGCAUUAACAGCGGCUACAGCAAGAGGGCUCUGCUGCUGCUGCACCCCAAUGUAAAGGUGAUGCGCCACCCGGACCAGGUGACCCUCUGGGCCCAUCAUGAGAAGCUUCUGGUCGUGGACCAAGCAGUGGCCUUCCUGGGGGGGCUGGACCUCGCCUAUGGCCGCUGGGAUGACCUGCACUACCGGCUGACCGACCUCGGGGACCCCUCUGAACCCGCUGCCCCUCAGCCUCCCACCCCCUGCCCGGAGGCGCAGGCCACCCCAGACCUCUCGCAGAACCAACUCUUCUGGCUGGGCAAGGACUACAGCAAUCUUAUCACUAAGGACUGGGUGCAGCUGGACCGGCCGUUUGAGGAUUUCAUCGACAGGGAGACCACGCCCCGGAUGCCAUGGAGGGAUGUAGGGGCUGUUGUCCACGGUCUGGCAGCCCGGGACCUGGCCCGCCACUUUAUCCAGCGCUGGAACUUCACCAAGAUCACCAAGGCCAAGUACAAGACGCCCACGUACCCCUACCUGCUGCCCAAAUCCGCCAGCACCGCCGACCAGCUCCCCUUCACGAUCCCGGGGGGGCAGUGCACCACGGUGCAGGUGUUGAGGUCCGUGGACCGCUGGUCAGCAGGGACGGCGGAGAACUCCAUCCUCAACGCCUACCUGCACACCAUCCGGGGGAGCCAGCACUUCCUGUACAUCGAGAAUCAGUUCUUCAUUAGCUGCUCAGACGGGCGGACGGUUCUGAACAAGGUGGGCGAUGAGAUUGUGGACAGAAUCCUGAAGGCCCACAGACUGGGGCAGUGUUUCCGAGUCUACGUGCUUUUACCCCUGCUGCCGGGCUUUGAAGGCGACAUCACUACAGGCGGUGGUAACUCCAUCCAGGCCAUUCUGCACUUUACUUACAGGACCCUGUGCCGUGGGGAAUAUUCGAUCCUACAUCGCCUCAAAGCAGCCAUGGGGACAGCCUGGCGGGACUAUAUAUCCAUCUGCGGGCUUCGCACACACGGAGAGCUGGGCGGGCACCCGGUCUCAGAGCUCAUCUACAUCCACAGCAAGAUGCUCAUCGCGGAUGACCGGACGGUCAUCAUCGGCUCCGCCAACAUCAAUGACCGAAGCUUGCUGGGGAAGCGCGACAGUGAGCUGGCUGUGCUGAUCGAGGACACAGAGACGGAGCCAUCCCUCAUGGACGGUGGGGAAUAUGAGGCGGGCAGGUUUGCCUUGAGUUUACGGAAGCAUUGCUUCAGUGUGAUUCUCGGGGCACAUGCCCGGCCUGACCUGGACCUCCGAGACCCCGUGUGUGAUGACUUCUUCCAGCUGUGGCAGGACACGGCCGAAAGCAAUGCCAAUAUCUACGAGCAGAUCUUCCGCUGCCUGCCGUCCAACGCCACGCGCUCUCUGAGGGCGCUCCGGGAGUACGUGGCCGUGGAGCCGCUGGCCACGGUCAGCCCGCCGCUGGCCAGGUCUGAGCUCACGCAGGUCCAGGGCCACCUGGUCCACUUUCCCCUCAAGUUCCUGGAGGAUGAGUCCUUGCUGCCCCCCCUGGGGAGCAAGGAGGGCAUGGUGCCCCUGGAAGUGUGGACUUAGGCUGCAGCCCGGGCAGCCUCCCCGCCGCUGGGCUCCGCCGAGCUGGGCCCCCCCGCAGCCCUCAGGCCGGAGGGCAGUGCCCCCCGAGACCCGGGCAUGCGCAGCCGGAGACGACUAGAGAAGCCACAGAGACCCUUCCUUGCGAGGCAGCUGAAGGGAACACGCUGCCCCUGGGGUGGGGGGCCGGGGGCUUCCCGGAGAGGUUCAGACCACUGUUCCAGGAGAGAGGCCAGCCCCUGCGCAUGCGCCCGGGGGAGC